UUCUGUUUAUAUAAUUAGACGUGAUUUGAUUAUGAUUCAACAUUUAUUGUAAUCAAUUUUCUGAAGAUAUAUUAGGCUUAGGAUUUUGGAUAUUAUUUGUAACUCCGUCAAAAAAUGGUGAACGUGAGUGUGUGAGAAUGUCGACGUGAUUCCGAUCGCAACAUAAUCCAUUUCGACUAUCGCAUGAAAAUGGCGUCGUCGUCUCCUGCUGGUCUUUUCUUCCUAUCCAAAGUCCCCAGCGCCCCAAAACCUUCAGCAUUUUCGCUUCCAAAGCCUUCUUUCGCAGUUCCCAGACCCAAUCUCUCAUCGCUUCCCUCUGCUUCUCUUUACUCUUCUCACAAUCUUGCGAUCUUCCCGACACCAUCCAGAGCUCUCCUCUCUUGCAAAUGCUCUUCCACUUUCCCCUUCGCCACUAGGAGCUACGAGUUUUCUGAUAGUUCUUCUGAGGUGGAGUUGAGAAUACACAUAGGAGGCCAAGAUGUCCAUAAUCCUAGAGAUAUAUCGGUGGAUGCAAAUCUUACGUCUUUAGCUGUCAGAGUGCAGCGCCCUGGAUCUCCAAUCACACUUAUAGAGACUAAUAAUCUUUUUGACAAAAUAAAACCUGAUGAAACAAUAUGGUACAUUGAUGAUGAUCAACUGGUCGUGAACUUAAAGAAACAUGAUCCUGAUUUGAAAUGGCCUGACAUCACAGAAUCAUGGGAAUCACUUACAGCAGGAUCUGCACAACUUCUGAGAGGAACAUCAAUCUACCUUGUCGGUGAUUCAACUGAUAUCAACCAGAAAGUGGCUCGGGAGCUUGCAACUGGUCUUGGAUACACGCCACUCGUUACAAAAGAGUUACUGGAAACAUAUUCCAAGCAAACCAUUGAUUCAUGGGUGAUUGCUGAAGGUGUUGACUCUGUAGCAAAAGCAGAAAGUUCUGUACUUGAAAGCUUAAGUAGUCAUGUGCGGUCCGUAGUUGCAACAUUAGGAGGGCAACAAGGUGCUGCUGGACAAGCUGAUAAAUGGCAGUAUCUUUAUGGUGGGUUUACUGUCUGGUUAUCACAGACAGAAGCACUAGAUGAAGAUACUGCAACGAAAGAAACUCACCAAAACAUGAAAGAUGGCAAGCUUGCAUACACAAAUGCAGAUGUGGUAGUUAAGCUUCAGGGUUGGGAUCCUGCUCAUGCCAAAAGUGUGGCGCAAGCGUGUCUGAGUGCCCUAAAACAAUUGAUUCUCCGAGACAAAAAACUUCCAGGUAAGAAAAGCCUCUACAUAAGAUUGGGAUGUCGGGGUGAUUGGCCAAACGUCAAACCUCCUGGUUGGGAUCCAUCAACGGAAGGUGAUGCAACUCUUGACAACAAGUAAUUAUGUUGUUAUAACUUAGAAGCGAUCAUAUUAGAAGUUUUAUUGAUGUACGGUGUUUUUAACUCAUAUCCAACAGAGGUGGUGUUACUUUGACGAUUGUAAAAAAGGUUAAAAAAGUUUCUUCGUUUGAA